CAGCGGCUGGGCGCGAGGCAGCUGGGGGGCGGCAAACACUCCACCGUCCCCCGGCGGCAGAGCCCUCAGCACCCCCCCUCGGGGCCCUGUUGCCGGGGCAAGAGCAAACGGGCUGUGUUUGCCCAGUCUGCGGGGACAAUGCCGUCGGCAAAUAUUUGCCAGCGCGCCGGCUGCAGAGCACGGAUAUAAAGCUCGGGCUCAGACGGAGCAGCGGGCUGGAGCUGAGGCAGCAGACCCCCAGCUGCCUGAGGCCUGAGCCCUGACCCACUUGGCCAUGGCUGCAGGUGUGAUCCGGCCCCUCUGCGACUUCCAGCUGCCCCUGCCGUCACGGGGGCCCUUCCUGUCCUCUGACCCCGAGCCCCUGGACACUUCGGAGGAGGAGGAGGAAGAGGAGGAGGAGGAGGAGGAGGAGGAGGAGGAGGAGGAGGAGGAGGAGGAGGAGGAGGAGGAGGAGGAGGAGGGGCAGCAGCUCGAGAUGCUGACCUCGGCCCCGCGGAGCAGCCCCGAGCCGCCACCUGUGCAGCUGCUGCGUUUCUCUGAGCUCAUCAGUGGGGACAUCCAGCGCUACUUCGGCCGCAGGGACACAGGCUGGGAACCCGGUGCUAGUGACGGCCAUGUGGACAGCAGUGCGGGCCCUGGGCUUCGGGUGCAGGCCCUGGCCCUGGGGGAUGGCGAGGCAGUGGAGCCAGGGCUCCACGCUCCGGGGGGUCCUGAGGGGCAGCCCCUGGGGCCUCUGGCCGAGCUCUUCGACUUCGGGCUGCGAGGCUGUGCAGGGCCCAGGGCGGCCGGCCGCUGGCUGCGGCUGCAGCGCAAAUACGGCCACAUCACGCCCAUGGCCCAGCGUAGGCUGCCCCCGUCCUUCUGGAAGGAGCCGGAGCCCAGCACCCUGGGCCUGCUGAACCCACACCCCCCUGACUUCAGCGACCUGCUGGCCAGCUGGUCCACCGAAGCCGGCCCGGAGCCCUCAGCGGGGGGCGCUCAGGCGUUGGAGGAUGAGCACUAGGCGAGGGGCAGUGUGCCGCCUCAGACCCCCUCCCCGCCCCCGGGGCUGACACACGACAUUCCCGGGAAGGCCUCCGAGUAGCCAGGGCCUGGGACCAGCGCGCCGAGGAACGUCUGCCCACAGGAGCUGUUGCUUUAUUUGGGGGGCGGCGGCAGUGACCUGGGCUGGUGGAAGGGUUGCCCAUGGUGCAGCUUGUGCCUGACGGUGCAGCGGGACCUCGCCAGCAAACCCAGGAGCUCCGCCUUCCACUGCGACCACCUGCGGGACACAGCCACGGCUGCCAGGGAGCCCUAAGCCCCGCCCACGACCGCACCCUCCUCUAAGCCCCGCCCACGACUGCACCCUCCUCUAAGCCCCGCCCGCCCCAGGCCUGCCCCCACGACAGCACCAGCACCAUC